AUGGCAGACCCGACACCAAUGGUGGUAUCUCUACCAACAGCCGCUCUCGGCGCUUCGGCCGAAGCGCAAACAGCGGCAUUCGAGUCGGAUCCGCGAAUACAUUUCGACCGUCAGAGCGGAACGUGGCGUCUGGAGGACGAGGAUGGGGACGAGCUCGAGUACGACGCGGCGAAGGGAAAGUGGGUGCCAGUGGUCGACGAGGAACUCCUCAAGAGUCAACAGGCAGCCUAUUCCGUCGCGGGAGUGGAUGAGGAAGCCCCCGCUGCUCCCGUUCUAGCUCGCACCAGCAAGAAACGCAAGGAGCCCGAGGACUACACCUCCUCCACCGUCGGCCAGCCCGGUCCCUCGAUCAAACGCGGCAAAGGCGAUAAAGCAGGAAAUGGCCAACCGAAAGAGCGCAAGUCGAAGAAUACGGCCGUAUACGUAACAAAGCUCCCUUACGACGCGACCCUCGAAGAGAUCGUCGAACGCUUCUCCAAGUUCGGCUUGAUUGAGGAAGACGACGAGGGGGAGCCGAAGGUGAAGAUGUACGCGCGCGAGGAUGGGAGCUUCUCGGGCGAAGCGCUCGUCGUUUACUUUAAGGAGGACUCGGUCAUGCUCGCGGAGAAUAUGCUCGACGAUGCCGAGUUUCGACUUGGGGAAGCGAAUACGCGAAUCGGCGUCAAGAAGGCGGACUUUUCGCACAAGGGACAAGGUCCGGCUGGCGGGGACGACAAUAAGCCGCGGAAGACGGUCGAUAAAAAGAAGAUUACGAAGAGGAUAGGGAAGAUGCAGCAGAAGUUGCUGGAAUGGGACGACGAAGACAACUUCGGGCCCGCUAUCACUGAUAAUGACAAGCAAGAGGCAGCAAACAAGAACAACAGAGUCGUCGUGCUCAAACACAUGUUCACACUGAAGGAGCUCGAAGAGGACAAGUCGUUACUCCUUGACCUGAAGGAGGACGUGCGCGAAGAAUGCGAGGCUCUUGGACAGGUCACGAACGUGGUGAUAUACGAUGCUGAGCCCGAGGGCGUCAUGACAGUAAAGUUCCGUGACCCAGUGAGCGCUCAAGCCUGCGUCAUCAAGAUGAACGGCAGAUUUUUUGCAGGCCGCAGGAUAGAGGCGUCGCUGUGGGCCGGCAAAGCGCGCUUCAAGCGCAGUGGUUAUACCGACGAUGUCGAGGGAGAAGGCGAUGCCGCCGAGAAGAAGCGUUUGGACGACUUCGCGCAGUGGCUUUUAUCAGAGGGCGACUAA